AUGAGCGUCCAGCUCAACAAGGCCAUCGCCGACGACGUGUCGAGAAAUCAGGACCAAGGCGUCAGAUGGGUUCUGGUCGGCGACCAGAUAGAGGGCGACAGGUUUCGUGGUCCUGGGAUCAAAGAGCCAGAUCAGCACAACGAUGGCCUCUGGCUCUUCCAUUACCCCUACAACGAGUCUGACAAGGACGACAUCGACGGGCCACUCCCGAAGGCCUACGAUAACGUCACCACAGGCGUCGUUAUCACAACCGAGUUUCAAACGUAUAACGAUUUCCAGAACGCGCUCCUCGACGCCAUGGUGCUCGACGAUGCGCCUGGCUCCAACGGCUGGCAAGACACCUUCUGGCCCCGGAUUGGGAACAGAGUCAAGACGGACGAGGCACCACUACUCCUUCCCGUCGAAGAGAAGAACGAAUGCCACGGCAUGAGCGGCGACUACCGGGUCAUGUUGCACGACACAGCCGUCGACAACGCCGAGGACUUCCGCCAGAAAAGGAGCAGGGAAGUGACGUACAACGCAGAAUGGAUCAACGACCUGAAGCUGUCGAUGGCGAAGCUACUCGACGACAGCAAGGGCCCCGCCGACGCCCCGGACUGCCUCGCCCGCCUCCAGGGCGUCGUCAUCGACGGCGGAGGAGGCGCGGACCCCAUCAACAACCAACUUCUAGUCAUCCCCUGCGGUGGGAUGAGUUGA